CAGGGUCCGAUUUCACGUCGCCGACGCCGACGUGACCGACGACAGCGAUGCUAGAUACUCUGGUCUCGUUCAUGUUCGUGGGAGCUCUCUGGGGAUGCACAAACCCGUUGCUCAAACAAGGUAGCGGCAGUGCAGCGUAUCAGCGAACUAGCGACUCGUUUGGACAGUACGUGUAUGAGUUUUACUGCACGCUGACCAACUGGAAGUUUAUCAUUCCAUUCGCGCUCAAUCAAAGUGGUUCCAUUGCGUUCGUGUACUUCCUCGGGUCGUCUGACAUAUCCAUGGCCGUCCCCAUCUGCAAUUCAUGUAUUCAUGCUUGUCCCUACUCAUGCAUCGUUGGCGAGGCGUCACAAUGGUUGUAGUCACAUUCGUCUUUACGGCCAUCACAAGUCGCCUUCUGGGGGAGCGACCGAAACAUCCCUAUUACACGUACAUUGGCAUGUCCUUCGUGCUCCUCGGUGUCGCCAUUUGCUUCCACAGCAAGCUUCCUGUGGCUAGGACGACCGAUGAUGUGUGAUCGAUCGCUUCAUCAUUGCAGCCAUGCCGUUUGCAAUUGACACGAGCAUUCCGGAUAAUCGUCCGGAUAAUUCAAAUUCAUUCAUGAUGUUGGUGAACCAA